AUGUACAGCAUGCUGGAGCACGAUAUGUCCAUGAAAGGCCCAAUGUCGGUCCACCACCAACAGCAGCAGCAGCAGCAGGCUGGACAGGGCAGUGUGAUGGUUCCUGGACCCGGAGUAGCGCACACAGGAACGCAUGGUGUUACCAAACCAGCGCUACACAACCAGCACAACAAGAACGCUGACCCCAUGGACAAGGUCAAGAGGCCUAUGAAUGCCUUCAUGGUGUGGUCGCGGGGCCAGCGGCGUAAGAUGGCGCAGGAGAACCCCAAAAUGCACAACUCGGAGAUCAGCAAGCGUCUGGGCGCCGAGUGGAAGCUUCUGACGGACGCGGAGAAGCGGCCUUUCAUCGACGAGGCUAAACGGCUGCGCGCUCUGCACAUGAAGGAGCAUCCGGACUACAAGUACAAACCAAGACGCAAGAGCAAACCGGCGCUGAAGAAGGAGAACCCGGGGGCCAAGUACCCGCUGGGCAGCACCAGCCUGAUGCCCAUGCAGGGGUCCGGGGGGAGCCCCCGGAUGGACGGGUACGGCUGGGGUCCUGCGGGUGGGUACGCGGCCAUGCAGACGGACGCUCUGGGGUACGGUCAGCAGCUCCACCGCUAUGAGCUACAGGGCCUGCAGUACCCCACCGCCAUGGCAACCGCACAGGGCUACAUGAACGGAGGCAACUCGUACAGCUCCAUGUCCUAUAGCUCCGCCCCCCAGCAGUCUGUAGUGUCCAUGGUGAAACCAGAUGCAGUGUCCCCGCCCCCCUCUGCAGGCUCUGCCCCCCAGCGUGGUGCGCUACACACUGACCUGCGGGACAUGAUCAGCAUGUACAUCCCCAACCCUGGAGAUGCCCACCCCACCGACACGCACUCACAGAGGGGCUACACCACCAACAUCCAGCAGCAUUACCUCACCGGCACCACACCCCUCACGCACAUCUGAGCCCCACCUGCGCACGGCCCCCCAGACUGAAGGGUCAUGUGACCUGAUUAGCCCUGACUGAUUGGGCAAAGGCCGAGACAGGCCUGUUUACUGGUGGAUGACCGGACGCCUGCCAUCCUCACCAAGUGCCAAUCUAACCGAUUCAUCAGUGCUUUUGCUCUGAACGUGCAGCCAGAUGCUAACAGUGAUGCUAACAGCAUCUUGCUAAGCUGCCAGCACCUGGACUUAAAUGACCGACACGUACAGACUAGUCUACUUUUGAUUGGCCAGAACAGGAUGAGACAACACAAUGGUCGGUUAACCGCUGCUUGUUUGCAUAAUCUGUCAUUUAGAACAGAGCAGUAUCGGCGGCUAACAGUGCUGAGCUAAGCAGCAACUUUAGCAAAAACAAAGAUUAAACAUUGCCACACAAGAACGUUGCUGGCAUUUUGGAUGCAGCUCAGCGCUGUGUGAGCAUAACCAGUGCAACACUGAUCAAUAAGUCCAACAAUAAAUGCAAGACAAGGCAAUAGAUGCAAAACGGGAAGACACUGAAGCAGAUUAAACUUAGCGAGCAUUUUCUCACUGAUCUGCUGCUGCUUUCCUGGAUUCUUCCAGAGGUCAAAUGAUCACUGCAGGCUUGGUUUCAGAGCCCUGAGAACUUC